CAAGUUGAAUGGCAACGUCGACGCUGUUGGUCGUUGGAGCUGUGCAGGUUUUAGAGGCGAUAAAUGGAUAAAACCUGGAUUAAAUCAGCUGUAAAGUGAGUUUAAAAACAAACCAUGAUCCGCAGGUCCAGGAUCAGCGUCCGGCCGAACGUAAAGCCGUCAGUCCGAGUGCCGGCGGUCUCUCGAGAUGCGUCCCAGGAUAAUCCCCCAGCAGCCCCUGCUGACCCCCCCAGCGAAGCAGGGGUGAAGAUCGGGGUGGAGGAGGUCCAGCCGGCACCUUCUGCUCCAGCAGUGGAGUCUUAUAAUAACCACGACCCCCAGAGCGACAGCGUGCAGCCCCAGCCCGAUAUCACCCCUCCUGCAGGGGAUGAUGCAGCCCAGAGCACUACUGCCGGCUCUGUACCUGCGAGCGGCCCUCAGAGAAGAAAACGCUUCACUGUUUUACCAAACCUCGCCAGACCCCGAACUUCCCCCGCCCCCGCUCCCACCCGCACCUCCUCCAGGACCCCCAGGUCUCCUGUUAAAGCUCCAGUAAUAAACCCAGAGCCUGCAGAGCCUGCAGCUCCAGACCCACCACCACAGGACAAGACCACAUCAGACAGUCGAGGGAAGAGGAGGCCGUCUGGAGGUGGAAGGCAGCCUAAAGCUCAGCCCAAACCUGAACCUCCAAUUCAGAUCAGUUCAGAACCAUCAAGAGAGCCUCCAGAGAAAGACCUUGGAGCUGUGGAGAAGAAUGAACCAUCAGCAACCAAUCAGAAUGCAGGAUUUUCCUACCCUGAAGAAAAAAUCCAAUCAGAACUUGCCGCCACCUCUGAAAUCCCAGCCCAGGCUCAUGAAGUCCAGCUUAUUUCAUUAGAGAAAGAGACUCCAGUAGAGGAACAGGGUGAUUGUGUUUCUCCAGAGAACGAUCAGUCCAGUCUCCAAACAGGGGGAACACAAUCCCAGUCCAUAGCGCACGUCCCACUGGCUCUGAGGACCUUCAACGACCCGAUGGACCGGGCCAGGCUCGCGAAAGCCAGGAAACUCAGAGAGCUUCUGAGAAAAGAGAUGAAUAAAGACAAGCAAAAAGAGAAGCACCCAAGGCCGAAGAUGUGGGUGAAAACGUGCAAAACAGCGAAAGAUCACACUAAGAUGACCAUGAGAGAGCUGAUCUACUACCUGCCCUCAACCAACCCAAUGAAAUCAUAUGCGGAGGAUGAGCAGAAAGUGACAGAGACAGUGUUGCCUUCUUCUCCAAAACCAGCUCCUCCAGCUCCUCCUGCUGUGCCUGUGGCAACUGUGGAGGAUGGAGGUGAGGAAGAGGAGGAAACAGCAUGCAGUGCAACCGGAGAGGAAGAGCCGUUACUGGCCCCCAGAGUGAAGGUGGCAGAGGAUGGAUCUCUUAUCAUAGACGAGGAGAGUUUAACCGUGGAGGUGCUCAGAGUUAAAGGCCCGAAUCCAGCUGAAGAUAGGGACCCCAUAUUUGAGCGUGGAUCCACCACAACCUACUCCAGCUUCAGAAAGGGCACCUACACCAAACCCUGGUCCAACAAAGAAACAGACAUGUUUUUCUUGGCUAUCAGUAUGGUGGGGACAGACUUCUCCAUGAUUGGCCAGCUGUUCCCUCAUCGUGCUCGUAUAGAGAUUAAGAACAAGUUUAAAAAGGAAGAAAGAGCAAACUCCUGGAGAAUAGACAAGGCAUUCAAGGAGAGGCGGCGCUUGGAUCUUGAGUUCUUUAACAAUCUGCUGGAGAAGAUCCUCCAAGACGAGGAAAAGAAGCGCAAGAAAAAGAAAGAUGGAGCCAAACUGCCCAAAGCCUCCGGCUCAACACAGAGGAAAUCGGCAGUGAGGAGGAAGAGGGGCCAGUCUUCUGCAGGAUCAGAGGAGGAGGAAAGCUCGGGCAGUGAUGUGAUGGAGGGAGAGAAGGAGAACGAGGGCGUCUCUAAUGAUGGAGGGAGCAGCACCACUCCCACCAUCUCCCCCAAGAGGAAGAAGGCGAAGAAGAAGAAGCAGAUGAACAAAGCAGCAGGCAUGGCUAUUGCAGAAGAUGCUGAGAACCUUAUAGCUGAAGGACCGUCCCCUGUUGACAGGUUGCAGGAUCCGGAUUUGGAAGUGGAGAACUGUGCAGGUUCUGAUAUUAAACCCGCUCAGCUGAAAGGCCGAGUCCGGAGACCAGCACCUAACCUGUUGCGGAGGUGGAGGAACCCGUCUGUCCAAAAGAAAGAUCAGGACACUUCAGCUGAAGAGGAGAGUGGGAAGACAAAAUUACCUAAGAAAAGCACUUCUGAUGUCGGUUCUGGUGGAUUAGAGGAUUCAGAAGAAGAGGAGGAGCCUGAUCUCACUGCUGUUCAGGAGCACAUUCUAAACAAACCAACCAGGUCAGGGAGAAUUCCUAAGCUCUCCCAGCAUGUGAUGCGAGCGGUGGCAGAUGAAGAUGAGGAAGAGGUGGAGCAGCAGUCGUCCUCCGCUCCUCCACCCGAGACUCGAGGUCCAAAUGUCUCCUCCCGCAGGACCCGGAAAAAGCCUGGCCCCAGCCUCAAACAGGGCAUGCCCAGGAGAGGCAAAUCCAGACUGGUGACGUUACGGGCCUCUGCCGCUGAGGAGGAGGAGGAUGAUGAAGAGGAUUAUGACACAACUCAGGAUGAAGAGCAGUAUCUCUCAGAUGCAGAGGAAGAGGAGAACCAGGCGUUUGUACCGAUGGGUCUCCGUACUCAUCCUCAGGUCCACACAGAAGUGGAGGAGACUGUGGAAGAGCUGGACAUGUGUGUGAAUGUUCCUGAUGUCCUGGGCAUAUCCCAGAAUGCUGUGUGUCCUGAGUCUUCCUGUGCGAGAUCACUGGGCCCUGGGGGCACUGUGCCCUGUGAGCAUCAGCUAGACCUGCUUGUUGAUGUGAUCGAGUUCCUGGCUCCAGAACCCAUGGAAGUGUCAGAAGAGAGUUCUACUGAGGCAGCCAGGACUCUCCUGACCAUUGGACAUUGUGCUCAUCUGAUUCCUGCGGUAGAAACGUCCGGUGAAGAUGAUGACGACGAUGAUGAUGAUGAUGAUAAUCUCAUCAUUAUUGAAGACCCGUCGAUGUUUCCCCAACAUGAAGUCCAGCAGGAAGUCAUCUUAGAAACGACAGAACAUAUACUGGAGACUGGAGAAGAAGAAAACGUCCAAGUAGUGACCUCGGAUCUGUCUGUCGGCGUCAUCGCAGAGUGUAAGGAUGAUCCUGAAUCAGCCAGUAUUGUCGUUAAAGAUGAUCCUAACCAAGAUGCUUUUAGAGCUGGUGUUACUGAAGCUUCUGAGGCAGACUGUGCUGCUGUGGAGGAAUCAGUCUGUUCACAGGGAGCUGAAUCAAACACCAAAACCUCAGAGCAGACUGCGCCACAGACACGGAGGAACCGCCUACCCAGACCCAAGCCCAACCUGGGGCGAGCCUCCAGACCUUUAAAAGAACAGCUGAAGCAGAGGCAGAGGCAGGACUCACCUGAAACUGACGCUUCAGAUGCAUCAGUAAAGACCACCACUACUACAGAAGACCAGCUGGAUGAGUCUAAACCAUCGAUAGAAGCCUCAGCAGAGUCUCAGAAAGCUCUGGAUGACUCUCCUGCAGUGUUUAUGAAAACAGAAGCAAAGAAUCCUCAGUUAUCACUUGAGAAGAAACAUAAAGAUGAAGGUUCUGAAGUAAAAGUGUGUGAGGAAGAAGAGAACGAGGAGAAAAGACAGCAGAGGCUUCAACUGCAGCAGCCUAACAGCAGUGAAUCAGCUUCUGCAGUUAUUGAAAGCUCUGUUCAGCCCUCUCAGCCCAGCAGAAGGUGCCGUGGACCCAAACCUAAACCUAACCUGGUCCGGAGCUCCAGAAUCAUACACCCUCACACCCAGAAGACACCAGCUCAGCCUACUACGACAUUUCCAACUGAAGAGUCAGCUACUGUGAAUUCGUCCACAGCCACCAUCUCAGACCCUCAGAAAUCAGAGGAGGCCAACAUCUCCCAACAUCAAAUACAGAAAAUGGAAGUCUGCAGUAACAUUGGUCCGGAGGAAUAUUCUGGACCUGUUUCCAAGCAGGACUCUUUAGAAACAUCUGAGAGGAAGAAGACAGCACACAUUACUGAUGAUGAUGAUGAUGAUGAUGAUGAUGAUGUUCAGAUUGUGUCUGUGGAAGCUUUUGCACCCAUGGCUGAGGUCUUUUCUGAAGAAUCCGUCUUUAUUCUGUCUCUCACUGAGGUCCCGCCCACUGCUGCAGAGAAGCAGGAUCUGACCCAAUCAGAAUCUCUCUCUGAAACUUUGAGAGCUGCUGAUUGUAUUGCUGGAGAUCCGGCCUCUUGCCCGGGUCCCUCCAACAUGUUUGCACCCAUUUCAGAGGAUGAAGAGGAGGAGGAGGAGGAGGAGGAGGAAGAGAAAGAGAUGGAUGUGGAAAAUGAAAAUAAAGGAAUUGAAGAUGGAGGUUUGAGGCAGAUCAACAAAAGAGAAUAUUCUCUUUUAAAUCAGAAGAACCCUGUUGAGGAGAGUCCUGCUGAGCAGCAUGGGGAUCAGUCAUUAGGCUGUAAGGAUGCUGUAAGUGAGGAGGUGACUCAUCCUGCUAAAAGACCGAAACUUCCAGAAAGAGGCAGGAGAGCUAAACUACAAAUCAAACCAAACCCAGUUCAGAGGAAAGGCCUCCGCAACCAACCUGCAACAAUAGGAGAUUUACCAGUACCUGCAUCAGAGGAGGCCAGUUCAGCACCGGCUUCAUCACAGCGGACCUCGUCCAGAUCUGAAGACCCUGUGCUGUUAUCCACUUCCAUAAAGGACAGUUCCUCCAGUUCCUCCACAUCACACUCACCAAUCGAACGGACUAAAGCUUCCAACACUGCACCCACAGACUCAGCACUCCCCCCUGACCCGUCUCUGUUCACCCCAGAUCUCAUUUCUCUACCUUCAGCUCAGUCUGCCAGUGUAGAGGCUCCUCCCACCACCACUGUACCUCACGCUGAACCUCACACCUCCUCUAAAGACUCUGUGAAACAGGAGAACCUUUCAGAGACUCCUGUUGGAGCUGAGCACUCAGAACCCAGUGGAUCAGGAGUGGAUCCACAGCCAGUCCACCAGAUCACACCACUGGCUUCAACUGGGCCGCUUACGAGGCCUGGUAGGAGACCCAGAGGCUUCUUGUCCUUCAUGUCCAGCACAAGCACACAGGGUCCUUCAUCGGCUUCCAGGGGGUCCGCAGCAGGCCCUCAGAAACCGGCCAUAAACACGUCUCGUUCUGAGAGAAGACGGGCGGCUCCAGGUCCUCUUACCUCCACCUCCAGAUCAGCUUCUACUUCCCAGAAAUCCUCCAGACUUAAUCCUUCACCUACGGUCACACCCGCCCCAGAUCCAGAGGUAAACGCAGAGCCCGAAACACACAAACCCGACACAAAAAACCCGAGCACAGAGGAGGAGGAGGAGCCCACCAGCGUUUCUGCAUAUUUCUUCAGCGACAUCUUUACCAUGGUGGACGAGCAGGAGGAGAUGGAGUGAAGGAGAGAGACUGAAGUUAAGGAAAAUAAAGAAAAGGAAACUGAAGUAUUAAACAAAUGAGAUUUAAAGUAUUUUAACCAAGACUGAUUAAAAUAGGCAGCAGAAGGCAGGCAGUAUUUCACCAGCACUCCUUAAAAAUGUACUGAGCCAGAUUAUUAAUUAAUAUACAGCUCUGGAAAAAAAAAUUAAGAGAACACUUCAGUUUCUGAAUCAGUUUCUCUGAUUUUGCUAUUUAUAGGUUUAUGAUUGAGUAAAAUUAACAUUGUUGUUUUAUUAUAAACUUCAAACAACAUUUUUCACAAAUUCCAAAUAAAAUUUGGUCAUCAUGUUCUCCUCCACCAGUCUUACACACUGCUUUUGGAUAACUUUAUGCUGCUUUACUCCUGGUGCAAAAAUUCAAGCAAUUCAGUUUGGUGGUUUGAUGGCUUGGAAUCAUCCAUCUUCCUCUUGAUUAUAUUUUUGAUUAUAGAGGUUUUACUCAUCAUUUUUAAGUGGUUUCCUAUUUUGUUCCAGAGCUGUAUGUGUCUAUUAGCAGUAUUUCUCAAUCCUGAUCCUCUGAUUUCAAUUGGCCUGCACUUUUUAGUGUAUUUCUUAGUGUAUAUUGAAUUGUAUUGGGUGUUUUAAUAAAGGAAAAACACUAAAAUGUGCAGGGCAGUGGGGCAGGGUUGAAAAACACUGAUAAAUGUACAGGUUUUAUCCUGUUAUUUGAUUCUCUAUGAGUUUUUAUAUUAUAUAUUUCAUUGCUGCCUGCCUGUAUUGACAGUACAGAUUAUGCAGAUUACAUUUCAGUGUUGGAAAGUUGAGUCAUUGUCAAGUUUUGUGCAAGUUGUUUACAAACCGGUGUAAUAAUUACAUUUCCAAAUAUGUAAAUAUGUUAAUAAAAUUUUAUGACUACCUAAACAUUGAAAAAA